CAGAAAGGAGAGCAGAACAAACUACUAACAGGAGGAGACUCACUCAUGGCCUAUGAGACGGAAGAUCAGGAGACUCAAUACUGCUUUCCUAACAUCAACUCAUCAUGUGUCAAGGGGAAACGCUCCAUUGAUGAAUAUAAUAUUAUAUAUUUGUUUGUGUCAUUGCUGUCAGCAUGGACUGUGUUUCUGAACCUGCUGGUGAUCAUCUCCAUCUCUCACUUCAAGAAGCUUCACACUCCAACCAACAUGAUUAUUCUCUCUCUGGCUGUAACUGAUAUGUUUGUUGGACUUGUCAUGCCUGUAGAAGCCAUCAGACUGAUUGAGAUGUGUUGGUACUUUAGAGACACUUUCUGUAAGCUCUAUUUAAUAUUUAUUGUAUUACUUCUCUCAGCAUCUCUUAGUAAUUUAGUUUUAAUUGCUGUUGAUCGUUAUGUGGCUGUGUGUUACCCUUUACUGUACCCACAGAAAAUCACCAUCACUAAAACAUUAACGAGCAUCUCUCUGAGCUGGGUUUGCUUCUCAGCGUAUAGCACUGCCCUUGUAGUUAACAAUGGCUAUUUUGACACUUCACACAGAACAUAUGUGUGUUAUGGACAGUGUUUAUUCAUGAUGAGUUUUGGUUGGACAAUCAUUGAUCUAUUUGUGGGUUUUAUUUUUCCUUGCACACUGAUCAUCACUUUAUAUUUGAGGAUUUUCUAUGUAGUUCAUCAGCAAGUGAAGAUUAUAAACUGUCUGAUGAAGGGUGGAAUAUGUGUAACAGAGGGUUUGUUUAAGAGGAAAUCUGAGAGUAAAGCUGCUCUGACUUUAGGAAUCAUUGUGACUGUUUAUCUGCUUUGCUGGAUUCCUUUCUAUAUCUGUUCUCUAACUGUAAACUCUUCCACGGCUAUGAAUGUUUUAAUAUGGGCUGUUCAUGCUAACUCAGGUCUGAAUCCUCUGGUUUAUGCUUUAUUUUACCCCUGGUUUAAAAAGACAGCUAAACUCAUUUUAACUCUGAAAAUAUUUCAGCCGGCAUCCUCUCUGAUCAAUAGUUUUGCUCAACAUUAA